AGAAAAUAUCAAAACAAGUAAACUUGCUAAACCAGGUAUAAAGGGGUCGAGAUCCUCGACCCUGAAUGACUGCAUUGAUUUCUUACCCUAAUUCUACUUGUCUUGACCUACGUCAUCAUGACAGCCACUUCCGACCUAAAAAUUGUAUUCGGUGCAAUGACCAUCGGCGAAGCUGGUCUGCCGGGAUGUCGACAAACAAACGAGAAAGAAGUCGCCGAUGUCCUGGACAAGUUCCAGCAACACGGCCACCGGGAAAUCGACACAUCGCGCGCAUAUGCGAAUGGAACAUCGGAGAUGCUGCUUGGACAAAGCGAUUGGCAGGGGAGGGGAUUGAAGAUGCAAACUAAGAUCUAUCCCACCGCUGGCAAAGGCAUGGACAAUGAGAAUUACACUCUCAACGCAGAGGAUCUGCGUCGGGCUUUGACGGCCAGUCUGGCCGCGCUUCAGACCGACAAAGUGGACUUGUGGUAUCUUCACGCACCGGAUCCGAACACGCCUCUUGAAGUCACCAUGCGCGAAGUGGAUAGGUUACACCGCGAAGGUAAAUUCGAGCGUCUUGGAAUCAGCAAUUUCAUGUCCUGGCAAGUGGCGCAGAUGUGUGAAACUUGCGACCGCCACGGAUGGAUCCGACCCUCUGUCUACCAAGGCAUCUAUAAUCCGGUCCAUCGUGCAAUUGAAGCCGAACUGCUUCCGUGCUUGCGACACUACGGCAUUGCGCUCUAUGCCUUCCAACCACUGGCUGGUGGUGUCCUGACUGGGCGUUACCAGUACGACACGACGCAAUUCGAAGCUGGGUCGCGAUACGACCCCAACAACAAGCAGAGUGCAUCGAUGAAUGCUCGCUACUGGAACAAAACCACAUUCGAAGCACUCGAUAUUAUUCGGGAGGCUGCGCAAAAGCACGGACUCUCUAUGCCCGAGUGCGCUUAUCGCUGGCUUGUGCAUCAUUCCCAAUUGAGUAGUCUGCACGAGGACGCUCUGAUUAUUGGAGCGAGCAGCGUGGCUCAACUAGAAGGCAAUUUGGCUGACAUUGAGAAGUCUCCGCUUCCGAGUGAUGUGGUGGAGGCAUUCGAAGCGGCAUGGCAACAUAUCCAACGUCCGGUUUUGAAGUACUGGCAUUGAGCGUAUUCACCGUCAUGUGUACUAGGUAGAUAUAAAUAAGAAUUGAGUGAAG